AUAAACGAGAAAUAGUGAGAUAGGAUUCUUAAAUGGCCUGUUCUCAGCUGAUAUGCCAUUUUGCAAGACUAACACUUGUAUACAAGUCUGACUAUUCCGCCAAGGCGAUUCUCAACUACCGGCACCGGAUUUUCAAAUCAAAUUGCCGGCAAUGGGCCAUCGGAAAAUCCUUUUCCCAGCGAGCCGCUUGGGUUUAUUCUUUAUACUUUACCUGCUUUCAUCCACUUGCGUUUCCUUUUCCUUUCCGUUUGUGAAGCCCAAGCAACACAAAAUCAACGGACCCAUCAAAACUCUUGUCGUUUUGGUGAUGGAAAACCGGUCUUUUGAUCAUAUUCUGGGUUGGCUCCACAAGAGCCGACCCGAUAUUGAUGGGCUUAAGGGGUCGGAGUUUAACAGGGUUAAUGCUUCAGACCCUUAUUCUUCAAAAAUCUUUGUCUCGUAUGAUGCUGUAUUCGUUGAUUCCGAUCCAGGUCACUCUAUUCAAGCUAUUGGGGAGCAGAUAUUCGGGUCGAAUGAUUCUUCAGCAAACCCAGCUCCGAUGAACGGGUUCGUGCAGCAGGCUGUUAAUAUGGGGGUACCUGGUAUGGAACAGACCGUGAUGAGCGGGUUUAAACCGGAGUUAUUACCGGUUUACACUGAUUUAGCGAAUGAGUUUGGGGUUUUUGACCGGUGGUUCGCGUCGGUUCCAGCUUCAACUCAGCCGAAUCGGUUUUACGUUCACUCGGCAACUUCUCACGGAGCUUCCAGCAAUGUCCGUAAAGACUUGAUCCAUGGGUUCCCUCAAAAGACUAUAUUUGAUUCUUUGGACGAAAAUGGCCUUUCAUUUGGAAUUUAUUACCAAAACAUUCCAGCUACCUUAUUUUUCAAGUCACUCAGAAAACUAAAACACAUUUUUAAGUUCCAUAAUUAUGCAUUAACGUUCAAAAUACACGCUAAACUUGGCAAACUUCCAAAUUACGUUGUGAUUGAACAGAGAUAUUUCGAUGUUAAAAUUGACCCAGCAAAUGAUGAUCAUCCAUCACACGAUGUAGCACUUGGACAAAAAUUUGUUAAGGAGGUUUAUGAGACAUUGAGGGCAAGUCCACAGUGGAAAGAAAUGGCACUCUUGAUUACAUAUGACGAACAUGGUGGCUUCUUUGAUCAUGUACCAACUCCUGUUUCUGGUGUGCCUAAUCCUGAUGGCAUUAUCGGGCCUCCACCAUAUUACUUCAGAUUUGACCGCUUGGGGGUUCGUGUCCCCACCUUCUUGAUUUCACCAUGGAUUGACAAGGCCACUGUGAUCCAUGAGCCGAAAGGUCCAACUACGUCUUCACAAUUUGAGCAUUCUUCCAUACCAGCAACUGUGAAAAAGCUUUUUAAUCUGAAAUCAAGUUUCUUAACCAAGCGAGACGCAUGGGCUGGGACAUUUGAGAACUAUUUCCGCUUGCGUAAGACUCCUCGUGAUGAUUGUCCAGAGAAACUUCCGGAGGUGAAGAUAAAUCUAAGACCAUGGGGACCAAGAGAAGAUGCAAAGCUCUCUGAAUUUCAAAUAGAACUGAUCCAGCUUGCUUCACAGCUUAAUGGAGACCAUGUUCUGAAAAACUACGCUGAUAUUGGAAGGAAGAUGAGCGUCCGUGAAGCUAAUGAAUACGUAGAUGCUGCAGUCAAUAGGUUCUUGGAAGCUGGUAGGGCUGCUCUGAGAACUGGAGCGAAUGAGAGUGCCAUUGUUGCAAUGAGACCUGCCCUCACUAGCCGAUCAUCUGCAUCAGAUGGAGGAUUCAACAAGUACCUGGAAGCCUACUAAUCAAUCUAUUGUAAGGUAGUGUCUGUAUGUAUGUGUGUGUAUAUAUUAUAAUCCACCCAUCAAUUGUGUGCUAUAUAAAAAUUAGGAAGUCUUUGUUUUCAAUGUUGGGAUGGUUAUUGUAAUCACUUUUAGUAAAUAGUAAAUCAUUUUAGCCUCAUA